UGGAAUGCACAAGGAGGGAGCGUUAUUUCUUUCAGCUGCGCCAAAGUAGCACAUGUUGGACUAUAAUAAUUUAUAGAUAGCAUGACAGUAAACAAGCAACUGCCAGAGGGAGCUAACACGGAAAACGUUUUGAAACGAGAAGAAAACAUGCAUCGAUACUUCCUUUCCUAAUGCUAGUGGAUGCGUCUAGGUAAAUAAGCUAGGCUACACCAGGAACAAUGUGCAGUGGCGGCGGUCAUCACAACAACGCAUGGAUCGCGACCUCAUCCUGCCAGCUUCUGUGUUGCGGUGCUCUGGAAUUGCCUAAUAACAAUCUCAUUUCUGACAUAGGCUACAGCUUUCACAACGCACCACGCCUCCUCAUCAUUGAACGCACCUCGAUUAACCAUCUUCGCCAGUGCACAGUGUGCAUUUCAAAGGGGAGCGAAAGAGAGACUGAUCCGCAUCUCCUCAUGUCGCGGAGAAAGGAACAUUGGACAGACGAGGCAAGGAUGGGUGGUUUGACACUGAUUCUGCAUCCAUGAGCGCCUUCACUUCCAACAGAGUGUUGUUUUUUGGACCAGGUAUCACUGGAUAGUUCUGGUGAGAGAGAAAGAAACUGCUGUUAAGAAGUUUGGAUGCAAAUGGCCACAACCACCAUGAUCUUUAUGAUUUUGGGGGCUUCACUUGUGAUGGCAGUAGCGUGUCUAACGGACAUGAACGCUCUACUAGACCGCUUUCACAACUACAUCUUACCACAUUUACGAGGGGAGGACCGCGUCUGCCAUUGCAACUGUGGAAGGCACCAUGUCCACUAUGUGAUCCCGUAUGAUGGGGACCAGUCUCUGGUAGACUCGGCAGAGAACUACUUUGUGAGUGAUAGCGUGACCAAGCAGGAGCUGGACCUGAUGCUGGGGCUGCUGCUGGGCUUCCUCCUCAGCUGGUUACUGCUGUGGCUGGACGGGGCGCUGCACGCUGCCCUCAGGGCCUGGAGGGCCAAACAGCACCAUGAUGUGUUCUCCUGGUCAUGGGUUCCCCGCUUCUGUAACCUGAGAGACCUGGGGAGACGGGUGCACCUGAGGAAGCUGGAGGACUCCAGUGGGAACAUGGUGCACAUUAAGCAGAAGCUGUACCACAAUGGACACCCCAGCCCUCGUAACCUCUGAGAGCCAUUGCACAUUGGACACCCCAGCCCACGCCACCUCUGCGAGCCAUGGCACAACGGCCACCCCAUUCCACAUCACCUCUGAGAGCAAUGGACUGGCUGAGACAGACUGAGACCUGCUGUCAACUGACCAACCAGACUUCAGCCGCAUGGGCAACUAAACAAUGACUAUUCAAGAUAUACCCUUCAAACCAUACUGUUUCUUAUGGACACUGGAUAGAGUACUUUCUCAAGUGACCCCAUGUUCUUUACCCACAGUGCACUCCUCACCCUCCAUAUUUUAUGUAAAAAGAUUGUAGUUAAAUGAGAAUCCAUUUAGGAGGGCGUAAGCAAUUUUCCAGAGUGUGUUUGUUUUUCAAAAUAGCUAUAUAUAUUAUAUAUUUAGUUUUAGAAUGUAAAUUUUGCUAGAAGUGGGGAUAGGGUGUAUUCAUUAUUUUGCUUGGGUUUUGUCAGUUUGUAGAAAAAUGUGUUUAUUUUGCCUGAAGAUGUCAGUUUUGAAAUUAGAAUAUUUAUUUUGAUCGAGGUUGUUUAUUUUUGACAGGGGUUUGUGUAUUGGAAGAGGUACACUAUAUAUGCAAAAGUAUGUGGACACCACUUCAAAUUAGUGGAUUCGUCUAUUUCAGCCACACCCAUUGCUGAUAGGUGUAUAAAAUCGAACACACAAUCUCCAUAGACAAAUAUUGGCAGUAGAAUGGCCUUACUGAAGAGCUCAGUUACUUUCAACGUGGCACCAUCAUAAGAUGCCACCUUUCCAACAAAUCAGUUUGUAAAAUGUCGAACACCUUUGGGAUUAAUUGGAACGCCGACUGUGAGCAUGGCCUAAUCGCCCAACAUCAGUGCCCGAACACACUAAUGCUCUUGUGACUGAGUGGAAGCAAGUCCCGCACUAAUGUUCCAACAUCUAGUGGAAAGCUUUCCCAGAAGAGUGGAGGCUGUUAUAGUAGCAAAGGGGGACCAACUCCAUAUUAAUACCCAUGAUUUUGGAAUGAGAUGUUCGACAAGCAGGUGUCCGCAUACUUUUGGUCAUGUAUUGUACUUUGUGUCUAUUUUAGAAACUUUUCAUGUAAAAACUGUACUAAAAGGGGGCCUAGGGGACAGAAUGGAAUUAUAAAUAAUUAGGGGUGGGUAAGAGGACGGAAAUGCUGCCUACUUGUCUAACUGUGUGGUGUGUACAGUAUAUGCAAUGUGUUAAUAUUGAAGAACCAUGAGUAAAGGUGUGUGUGUGUGUGUGUGUGUGUGUGUGUGUGUGUGUGUGUGUGUGUGUGUGUGUGUGUGUGUGUGUGUGUGUGUGUGUGUGUGUGUGUGUGUGUGUGUGUGUGUGUGUGUGUGUGUGUUUUACGGGUUACAGAAUUUCUUUGAUAUUUUGUCCAAAGGGUCAUCACCAUGGAAACCUGGAGACGAAAUUCCAAGACUGAGAGUUUCACUCAGGAGCUCUAUAUAGUUGACAAAACACUUUACACUGAACAGCCAGUUGUAGAGCGCCUCCAUCAUGGUAGCUUAGAAAGGCACAUCCUGUGGUAUAUGUAAGUAAUAAGGCCCGGGGGGGGGGUGUGGUAUAUGGCCAAUAUACCAUGGCUAAGGGCUGUUCAUAUGCACAACGCAAUGCGGAGUGCCUGGAUUCAGCCCUUAGCUGUGGUAUAUUGACCAUAUACCUCAAACCCCUGAGGUACCUUAUUGCUAUUAUAAACUGGUUACCAACGUAAUUAGGGGAGUAAAAAUACAUGUUUUGUCAUACCUGUGGUAUACGGUCUGAUAUACUACGGCUGUCAGCCAAUGAGCAUUCAGGGCUCGAACCACCCACUUUAUAAUUAUUAACUAAUAUCUAAAGUAGGUGCAACAUGCCCUUGUCAUGGCAUUGGAGAGUGAUGCUGUGUGAGAACUCGGUCACAAUUACUGUGACACAUUGGGAUUCCGAAUGAAUUCCUUCAUUUGUCUCUAGGGAGCGGAAUGUAGACUCAUUCAAUUUUGACCCCCUUUCUCUUCCCUUACCCCGUGCCUCUCUUCCCCAUCUCUGUCCAAACAUUGGUGUUGUAAAGAUUAAAUGUUGGUUUCAUUAAAAGGGACAAUUGGGGUUUAACACUGACACAGGUUCAAGAUGAAGGGUAAAGUUCACCAUGAUAUCAGCAUUUAUUGGUCACGUUUUUACAAUGACAAUGAAACCCUGAGAAAAAAAGAAACCCGCACACUGCUCUUGAAAGUAUCACUGCUCUUUAAUAAGCUUUACGUAUCGGCCUCAAGGCCUUCGUCAGAGCUUUUGUGAGUUUAAAAAAAAAUGUGCACCCUCAUCCGUUCCAUACAUCAAAUGGGGUUGGAGUCAAGGGAAGUGUUACCAAAUAUAACAAUGUGCAUUUCAUAAACAUUCUAAAAGUGUGUACCUAAAACGUAUUAACCACAUCUGUAAAACCACAAUGAGGACAUCGACCCAUCAAGCAAGUUUUCAUAAAUCAUUGGGUGCCAGCCACUUUAAGAAAAUGAGCCAGGCACUUUAACGCUCUCUUCUGAAUGGUAGCUAUAAAUGCAUAGCAUGCACACAGUGCAACAAUAUGAAGUGUGAAUAUCUCUGCCACCCACACACAGGAAAACAGUUCCAAAUAAAUGACAUUAUUACGUGCUCCACCACCCAUCUACAUGAUUAAUUGCCUAUGUGGCUGUGUUAUGUAGGUAAAACCUCUUUUCUCAAACAGAAUUUGUGAACAUAAAUGUUCAAUCAGGAGAAACGACAGGGAUUGGCCGGUCGCAGUACAUUUUAAUGACCAAAAACAUGACAUUUCUUCAUUUAGAUUUUGUGGCAUAGAGACAGUCAAGAUAUCAGACCGGGGAGGUGAUAUAAAUAAUACUCGGAGCAAAAAAUAAUGUUUUGGGAUUUUCACCCUCCAGACAUGAUUUCCUAAAGGACUUAAUGAUGAAAUGCCUGUGUGUGUUAUGUUGUAAAUGUGAACAUAAAUGAAUGCCCCCAUUUCAGAUACUCAAGAUGUUUUUCUUGCGCUGUACCCAAUGAUUUAUGAAAACUGCUUGGGUGGGUCGAUGUCCUCAUUUUGGUUUUACAGACGUGUUUAAUAAAUUUUAGGUACACUUUAUUAGAAUAUUUAUGACAUGUAUAUUGUUCUUUUUGGUAACACUUAGUUAUUUUCCCUUGACUCCAACCCCAUUCGAUGGAAUGGAUGUUGGUGGAGCUGUCUACAUAAGGGUGCUAAUUCACAAAAGAUCUGAGGAAGGCCUUGAGGCCGAUACAUAAAGCUUACUAAAGAG